AUGGCGUCUGGAUCUUCUCUCCUGGAAGAGGAACUCUCCUGUCCUGUGUGCUCUGAAAUCUUCAGGGAUCCUGUUGUCCUGAGAUGCAGUCACAGCGUCUGUGAGACCUGUCUGCAGCAGUACUGGGAUCAGAAGGGAUCUCAGGAGUGCCCAGUUUGCAGGAAAAGAGCUUCGAGGAGUUUUCCUCCACUUAACCUGUAUCUGAAGAAUACCUGUGAGGCGUUCUUAAAGGAGAGAAGUCAGAGAGCUGAAGCAGGAUCUGAAGUGCUCUGCAGUCUGCACAGUGAGAAACUCAAACUCUUCUGUUUGGUGGAUCAAAUACCUGUCUGUGUUAUCUGCCAAACUUCAAGAAAACAUGAAAACCACAAAAUGCUACCAGUUCAGGAGGCUGCAGAAGAGAAUAAGGAGAAACUCAGGACUGCACUGGCUCCACUGCAUGAGAAGCUAAAAGCCUUCAAUGCAGUGAAAGUAAUCUGUGAUCAAACAGCAGAGCACAUCAAGAGCCAGGCCCAGCACACAGAGAGACAGAUAAAGAUGGAGUUUGAGAAACUUCGGCAGUUCCUAAAGGAUGAAGAGGCAGCCAGGAUCACUGCACUGAGGGAGGAAGAGGAGCAGAAGAGUCAGAUGAUGAAGGAGAAGAUUGAGAAGAUGACAGAAGAGAUAUCAUCCCUUUCAGAACAGAUCAGAGCCAUAGAACAGGAGCUGGGAGCUGAAGACAUCUCAUUUCUGCAGGAGAAGGUCUCAGGAGCGCUGAUUGAUGUGGCCAAGCACCUGGGCAAUCUGAAGUACAGAGUGUGGGAGAAGAUGCUGGGGACUGUUCAAUACACUCCUGUGACUCUGGAUCCAAACACAGCACAUCCCGACCUCUCACUGUCUGAGGAUCUGACCAGUGUGAGACGCAGCGAUGAGAAACAGCAGGUUCCUGAUAAUCCAGAGAGAUUUGAUUGGUGGGGUUGUGUGCUGGGCUCUGAGGGAUUCAGCUCAGGGAGACACUGCUGGGAUGUAGAAGUGGGGGGUGUGUACUGGCAGGUGGGUGUGGUUAAAGAGUCCAUCAGCAGGAAAGGGCGUUUGGAUCUGAGCCCAACAGGAGGAGUGUGGAGUAUAUUUAAGUAUGGCAGUGGGAAAUACUAUGCCUUGACCUCUUCACCUACAGCCCUCACUGUGCAGAGGGACCUCCAGAGGGUCAGAGUGCAGCUGGACUGGGAGAGGGGGGAAGUUUCAUUCUCUGACCCCAGUGACAACACUCCUCUCUAC